GCGAUAUUUAACAGUCGCCCGGGCUGCCCUGUUCUGCGGUCAUCAGGAUCGUGCGGACUUGCUCGUCCCUCAGCUCUCCUGUUCGGCAUCUCAUUUCUCCAGGAGGAAAAAUGGCAUCAGUAGCAGUGGAUCCACAACCGAGCGUGGUGAUGAGGGUGGCCAACCUGCCCUUGGUGAGCUCUACCUACGACCUCGUGUCCUCCGCUUAUGUCAGUACAAAGGAUCACUACCCGUAUUUGAGAUCUGUGUGUGAGAUGGCAGAGAAGGGUGUGAAGACGGUGACCUCUGUGGCUAUGACAAGUGCAAGGCCCAUCAUCCAGAAGCUGGAGCCACAAAUUGCGGUUGCCAAUACCUAUGCCUGCAAGGGCCUGGACAGGAUGGAGGAAAGACUGCCUAUUCUGAACCAGCCAACAUCUGAGAUUGUGGCCAAUGCCAGAGGUGCUGUAACUGGGGCGAAGGAUGUGAUAACGACUACCGUGGCUGGAGCCAAGGAUUCUGUAGCCAGCACAGUCUCAGGGGUGGUGGAUAAGACCAAAGGAGCAGUUACUGGCAGCGUGGAAAGGACCAAGUCUGUGGUCAACGGCAGCAUCAAUACAGUUUGGGGGAUGGUGCAGUUCGUGAAUAGUGGAGUAGACAAUGCAAUUACCAAGUCGGAGCUGCUGGUAGACCAGUACUUCCCUCUCACUCAGAAGGAGCUGGAGAUGGAAGCAAAAAAGGUGGAAGGAUUUGAUAAGGUUCAGAAGCCAUACUGUGAACGGCUGGAGACCCUGUCCACCAAGCUCUGCUCCAGGGCCUACCAUCAGGCUGUCAACAGGGUUAAAGAUGCCAGACAAAAGAGCCAGGAGACCAUUUCUCAGCUCUACUCCACUGUCCAUCUGAUUGAAUUCGCCAGAAAGAAUGUGCACAGUGCCAACGAGAAAAUUCAGGGUGCUCAGGAUAAGCUCUAUGUCUCAUGGGUGGAGUGGAAGAGAAGCAUUGGCUACGACGACACCGAUGAGUCCCACUGUGUUGAGCACAUCGAAUCACGUACACUGGCUGUCGCCCGCAACCUGACCCAGCAGCUCCAGACUACAUGCCAGACUCUCCUGGUCAACGUCCAAGGGUUACCACAGAACAUUCAAGAUCAGGUCAAACACUUGGGGGUGAUGGCAGGCGACAUCUACUCGGUGUUCCGCAAUGCUGCCUCCUUUACGGAAGUGUCUGAUGGCGUCCUCAUUUCUAGCAAGGGGCAGCUGCAGAAAAUGAAGGAAUCCUUAGAUGAAGUUAUGGAUUACCUUGUUAACAACACGCCUCUCAACUGGCUGAUGCUUGAUUUCACUGCUGUUGACUCGACAUCUGAGACUGAUGAAGUUCCUGAUAUUAUUCCUUUGGAAGAAGACGAAUGAACCCAGUGAUCACAUGCAGCCUUGUCCUCUUAAGGCAAAAGACUACCCAACUAACACAAGGAAAGACUCUAUUUUAUUGAAAACAUAAUAUGUAUCUGUUUUGGUUUUUUUGUUUGGUUGGGUUUUGUUGUUGUUGUUGUUUUGUUUUUUUUCCCAUGAAACUCGGGCAGAGUCACACGGGGAAAGCGGGAUUCGAACCAGGAGAGAGAGAGAGCAAAGGGCUCAGGCUCGCCCUCUGCAGGCAGCUACCUUAGCCGUUGCGCCACCACUGGCUUAAUAUGUAUCUGUUUUUAAUGUUUGCAUUUGUUUUAUUCCUGUGGCUUUGGUGAACAUUAAUCUGCUCCUUUUUGGCUGCUUGAUCUUAGUUUUAAAUGAUGUGAACUUUUUAAAGAGAUCUUGUUCUGUAUCAUGUAUCAUUUUAUACAAUUCUUUAAUGUUUAAUUGCUGAAAUGCCUUUAUAAUAAUAUUGGGUUGUAGGCCAGUGAGAUGGCUUAAUGGGUAAAGGUGCUUGCUGCCAAGCCUGACAAUCUGAGUUUGACUCCUUAGGACCCACAUGAUGAAAUGACUUUCUCAAACUGUUCUCAACACACACACAAAUAUGUAAUAAAAGAUAAAAACUGGGUAGUAUAAAAUUGG